UAGUGAUUGCUAUACGAAAAUGUCUACUGCUAAGGAGCCAGUCACAUUUUUCACCGUGACUUCGUAUUUCGCCAGCCAUCCGAAGUCAGUUAAAAAGGGACUGAACUCCUACAACUCAAACAGAGUGAUUAGUGUCAAUGUUAUGUCAGGUGGCAGCUUGAAAGGAAAAGUGCAGGCGUCUAUGAAGAAAAAAGAAUAUGAGGUGGAGGUGCAUGUAGAGGAUCAGGAGGUGACGGACAGCAGGUGUACAUGUGCUGUUGGUCUAGCCAAGUGCCACCACAUUGCAGCCCUCCUCAUUUGGGCGGAGAAGAACAUGACCCGGACGGAUGUGGAGUGUGUGUGGAGAAGGCCUACAGCACCCAAAACAGAGGACGUUGUGGCCAAGAGGCUGUCUGUGAUGGCACCUUCGACAUCAAAAGCUGGAAUUAAGCGCCCAGUGACCGAAGAAGACAAAGGCUGGACAAGGCAGUCUUUGGCGCAAUUUGGGCGUUUCACAGGUCUGGGCUUUAUUUUAGCCCCAGAAAUACAUCAGGAAUUUGACCCAUCCCUACCAGAGAAACUAUUUGAUGGGAUACUGGCCAGUCAGGAGUACAGCGAUGCUCAAGACAAAGAGGACUUCAUCAUGACGUCUCUUGCUGUCAGCCAGCAACAAAAAGAAGCCAUCGAGAGGGCCACAGUUGGGCAGACGAGCAAUGCAUUAUGGUAAGUACA